AUCUGUUGAUUUGAUUGAGCCCAUGGAGGUAUCAUCCCUAGUUACAAAGGUGAAAGAUGGACCCCAGGAAUUAUCAGAGAAUCCGACAUACCAUGAUGCGGUGUCACCAAUGGAUCACAGUAGUAGAGUUGCCAAUCAAGACCAGGACUCCAACAAGCCAACUGAGAACUCUGUUACAGAGUUGAAAAUCAUCAGUGAAGUUUCUCAGCGAGAUGUUAACAAAACUAUAGAAACUCCUGAUGGGUGCCAAAAAGAGGACAGGAACUCUUCAUCCAAUGAAGAAGCUGUUUCAACAGGCACACCUCCCUCGGUGAAUCCCACUUCUGCCACCAUUUGCGAAUUAGCAGAGCCCCCUUCCUUGACUGUAGCCAUGGUUAGCAGUAAGAAGGGGGUUUCAGCCAGUGCUGUUGAUGGAGCUUUAAAAGGUAUAGAGCAUGCCCAUUUGGCAUCCGGAAUCUGUACACAAGAGAAAAGCUUGAGUGCACCUCUCCCAGCAAAUGAAACAUCUGGACCAACAGGAGUGAAGAUCGGCAAACGGCAAAGGAGCCCAUCUGUUGACAUGACAGAAGACAAUACAAACAAAAAGCCUAAGCUGGAUGGAGCAAGCACACAGGGCUGUGAAGCUGACCUGAAAGCAAGUGUUGCGGAGACUUGCAAAGAUGUGAAGACAACAGAAGCUGCCAAUGCCAGGACUGUUACAAAGGAUUGUGAUGCUAGCAAUUUAGACCAAAAAGUGGAAGGAUCUUUGACUCUUCCCAAUACGGAGGGUAAGUCCACUGACACAGAAAAGUCAGUCAGCAGUGUACACCCAAAAACUGAAAUUCUGGAUAUCAGUGCUGUUAAUCGACCAGUGGCACUUAAGCCCAGCAUUUCUCCUGUUACACCGUCAUCCACGAAACCAGCAAAACCACCACUUUGUCCAGCCAAAGAAAGCUCCUCUCAACCAAAGUUCAAAGAAGAGUCGUCUUCAACUAUUGGAAAUUGCUCGGUCAAAGCAGAGAUUUCCAAAAGCAAAUUGGCUGCUCUGACACGAAGGCCUGCAUCGACAUCACCAUCUCCAGUUCCCAUUCCACAAAGCUCAGCUAGACCAAGUCAGCGUGACAAAAAACCGAAACAAAUCAGCAUAAAGGAUUUGAGACUUUUGAUUGAGAAGAAUGCCCAGGCAGCUCUGCAGUCCAAGCUGGAGCUAUUGCAACGGCAGAUGGAGGUGGCCAACAAAGGGGAGCAGGCCUGGAAGGCCCGAGCCGUGGAGCUGCAGGCCCACCUGAACACUGUGCAAGAGGAGCUGGCCAAGACACAGUCGGAGAAGGAUGGCCUGAGAACAGAGAUGUCCAAACUGCAGGAGCAACUGGAGACCUCAGAGGGGAAACUGCAAGAUAAGGGCAUUAUCAAGGAAAAUGUUUCUACUGGGACACAGUAUGAUAGCAAGGACUUUACACAGCAACCGGUUGCCCUUGACUCUGCAAAAUCUCGGAAAGCCACUCCAGAACCACAACCAGAAAAGUUGGACGAACCUCAAAAAGUAGCCUCUAAAAAACCAGACAUUCCAAAUGCCUGUGUGGAAGCAAACGCUGGAAGUCGGCCUGUCUCCAGGGACCAGCCCCUGGAAGCUCCACCUGUUGGGGGUGAUUCUCCAGUGAGGAGUGCUUCCCCUGAGGUUGUUGAGGUUCCACCACAGACACAGGCAAAAGCUGAGUCCAUCAGCAAGGAGUCUCCUACAGUCUCUGUAACUAAGACUACACCAAUUCCUCAGCAAGCAGGUUCAACUGUAAGGGUACCACCAGCUUUUGGUUUUAGAUCUACCCCUUCUACCACUACAACUGCUAGCACAGUGGUUUCUCAGGAGACAACUGUCAGUUCUGCAUCUCUUAUAAAUGCAGCAGCACCUUCAUACAAGGUCACUGAAUUGCCAACAGGUGUCACUGUUCCAACUUUGGAAAAGGCAGCAGGAACUGCAGAGCUUGCAACCAGUGAUGCACCUGCACCUACAUCUCUGGCACCUGGACAUACAGCCAUGGUACCUGUUCCCACUGUUGCACCUGCUCCCCCUGUUGCACCUGCUCCCACUGUAGCACCUGCUCCCACUGUGGCACCUGCUUCUACUGUGGCUCCUACUCCAGCUCCCACUCCCACUGUAGCUCCAGCUCCUACUCCUACUGUGGCUUCUACUCCAACUGUACCUCAGACAGGAUCAAAUGACUAUGGUGCACCUCCCAUCAAGGAAUCACCAGCACCUGCCCCAAGACCUGAGCCUGCAACCCAAGCAGCUUCAACAGCCGCAGAAAUUCCCAUUGCGAUCACAAAUCCUAAGAAAGCAUCCACGCCUGAAGGUCAAGAAACCAGUAGUUCUGUUCAGGUGGUUGCUGUGAAGAAGCAGGUGCCAUCGCCUCGCGUGAAGACACCCCAGCCACCUCAAAUCCCAUCGCCUCGGGCUCAGACCCCUUCUUCAAAAGCCUCCACUCCAUCAUCACAGCAUGUAGGAGCAUCACCCCAUGCUGUUUCCCCAAGUGGCAAAGCUCCAUCCCUUCAAAAGCAAACCUCACAGAAGCUAUCACUGCAAGUUAAGCAGCAACAAGCAAUGCAACAGGUGAAGACAGCGAGAACUGCCAAUCCCCAUGCAGCAAAAGCUGUCCAAGAGCUCGAGUGCAUAGACCUUACGGAUGACUCAGACGAACCCAAAAUCUCUGAAAAGGUGGGUCCCACUCCAAAACAGCCCUCAGGAGCCGCUACCCAUGUUGCAAUUUCUUCUCAAGCUAAGUUACCACCGCCAUAUCCAGGUCAGGGGCAGGUAACCAGACCACAGAGCAUUGCCUCAGGAAAUACUCAGGGAUUAACUACCAAGAGACCAACCUUCCAACAACAGCCCACCAGUCAACAGCAGCUGAGACCUUCACAGCUGGUGAGACCAAGAACUCAGGCACCUGUGCCACAGCAGCUGCAGCAGCAGCCAAAAGCCCCUGGAAUGCCUCCCCAGCUUGUAACGGUCACAGCACCCCCAAACAAAACAGUGGGAGCGCCAAAUUGCCCCCCAUCCUACACCAACCAGAGACUCCCUGUGACCAGAAUACCCCCUGUGCCGCCAAUGCAAUCAGUGUCCUCUGGCCAGCAGGUGGCCUUCUCUCAGGCUGCCGCACCCCCUGCCUUGAAGCCGGCAUCGCUUGCCACGCCCAAUACUAAAGCCCAGUUCAACAGCCAAAGCAUAAUCGCUGGUAUGCAGACGUUUGUGAGCUCCAGUACCAGUGUACAUGGCACUCCUGCAGGACAGGCACCUGGAAGUAGUCUCCCUGGUGUCCCACAGAUUGCCGGUAUUGCCCCCAUUCUGCAGAGAAUGGCAGUUCCAGUAGCAUCACAACAACUUGGCGGGAUCUACUACCCAACAGCCACCCAGGCAGGCUUGCCUGGUGACAGGUUGCCACAGCCUCAGGGAGAGAGGAUGCCAUCAAAUGCCAUCACAGCCAUGCAGCUUGCUUCUCUACAACAGCAACAACUGCAGCAAAUUCAGAAGCAGCAGCAACUUCAGCAAGCCCAGCAGCUACAGCAAGCCCAGCAGUUGCAGCAACAGCAAGCUCGGCACUUGCAGCAACAGCAAGUCCAGCAGCUGCAACAACACCAAGCCCAGCAGUUGCAACAACAGCAAGCCCAGCAGUUGCAACAACAGCAAGCUCAACUGAAACAGCAGCAGCAGCAGCAGAAACUGCUGCUGCAGCAACAGCAGAAACAACAGCAGAUACAGCAACAGCUGCACCAGCAAAGACUACAGCUGCAGCAAAAGAGCAGGGCUGAUGAUGAACAGCGGCAGCAUGUGACAGUGCAGCAGCAACUUCAGCUGCAGAGACAGCAACACCAGCAAGUUAACCAGGUUGUGCAAGAACAAAUGCAGCAAAAUCAAAAACUGCACAGCAACCAUAUCCAGAAGCAGCGAGCUACAAUUCAACAGACUGCUCAGAAAGCACAGAGCACCAUUAUGGAUCUCACUAGGCAGCUUGCCAUUGUGGAGAAGGAAAAUCUGGCUCUUCAGGCCAAGGCACAGAGUAAGGACAGCAGCACCACCUACCGCAUAAGAGAAUUGGACAUGCAGCAACGCAACAAUGAGAGACAGAGAAAGCAACUCAAAGAAGAUAUAAACAAGAACAUAGGCUUGCAGCAGCAAUGCAAGCAGAAGCUCGAGCAGCUGAUGGGAACUACCCCUACUACUUCCAUGAAUGUAAAUCCCACCUCUGCCACCAAACUGAGCCACCCAGCCCCGCUGCCAGCUCUGCCCCCUCCCACCACCAGCUCACCCCCCAAGCCCGAUCUCAAUAUCACCAAGGUGGAGAACGGCAUUGUGCUGUCCUGGAAUAUGAACCUGGACGCCGCUGCACCCCAGAUUGAGGUCUACCACCUCUACGCCUAUCAGGAAUCAGACGCCCCACCCAGCACCAGCCUGUGGAAGAAGAUUGGAGAGGUGCGGGCUCUGCCACUGCCAAUGGCAUGCACACUGACCAUGUUUCAGCCGGGCAGCAUCUACCACUUUGCUGUGUGUGCAGUGGACAUGCACAACCAGGCUGGGCCUUUCAGUGAUCCGUCCAGCAUUAAUCUCCCUCGCAGUGACUAGUGCUGCAUUACUCAUGGUAAAAACCUGUACUAAUAAAUUACGUUGAAAACCGAUACAGAGAAUGUUCUAGACAAUGCAAUUUACUCAAUUAGACUAAAGAAGUGCGGAGUUCAUUCCAAACUGCACUAUGUUGAAGAUGUUGAAAGAUUGUUCCCCAGUUACAGAAUGUAAAGAAUAAAACCAGCAUGCUGGGUGUACUCAAUACUUUCAUUUUUCAAUGUUCAAAUUUGUGACUGUAACUUCAUAAAACCCUUGGAAUCUGAUUUUUGGCAGCAAGGAGAGGGUGGGAUUCAUACAUGUAAAGGCAACAAUGGCACAAGUCAAAUUUGGGAAUUAAACACUUUCUGAGUCCUGUGAAGUGGUAUUUUACAUACCAAGAUCACUUUCUGUCAAAAAAAAACUCAUCUUUAAUACCUUCAUGAGAGUACAUGUAUCAACUUCAUUCUACCACCGUGAGCUUUUAGUGUUCCACUAUUUUAGCAAUUCCAAUAUGUCAGCCUACAAAUUCUUCAACAAGAAGUUGUGGAAGUGUUAACAGAGCAUUGAACAUGGCGGUUAUGGAUUCUUGGAUUACCAAAAUGGGAAAAAAAUACGAAAGUACAUUAACCUUUAAUACCCUAAUUCUUUAAUGAAUUACAGCAUUUUAUUCAUUUUAUUUAGCAUUUAAAAAAGUAUUUUUAUACAUAUUUGGAUAAGAAUUCUCUGAAAAGGCCAAGUAUUCAACAAAAGUGGAAUUUCACAAUUGUUUGGGUUACUUUUUUGUACUUUUGUAAAACGAAAGAAUAGUCACAUCAUUUCUAGUACAUGUACACAUAUUUUUGGUUUGAAGAAAGGAAUAACAAUAUUAUUAUUUAAGUCCGAAAUUCUGUAAAUUCAGCCCCAAACUGAUUCUGUGUGAUAGUAUGUGUUCAAAAAGGUUACCUGUUUUUCAUGUUCCAUUUUAAGUUUGUAAAAAUGUUUGUUCCAAAGUGUUUUUUCUGUUUACUUGAUUUUUGUGGUUUUCCUGCAUUUGUGUGAAUGGCUUUGUGAUCCCACAAAUCUUAGGGAUGGAAGCCGAGAAAAGCCACACACAUACAUGCACUGGUAAUUUGAAGUCAGUUGUUUGAGACACAUACACUCGGAUUUCAAUGUUGUGAAGUACAUUGUGCAUGUAAAAUAAAAAGUUCUUGAAAGAGGUUGGCAGGACCAUGUCAAGGACAUUUUCUCCUUACUAGUCCCCCCUACACACACACACCUCCCAAGAGAGUUAUAAAAAUAAAAAUGUAAUAAAAAAGUUUUUCACACUAUUGAAGGUUGUAAGUAUUCCAAACUGCCAUGUACACUUCUUUAUUGUUUGAGGUUCUCUUCAAUUGUUAGACAUUAGUUUGUUUCGUAUAAACAACUUUGUGUACAACUUUGUGUAAUUUUAAAGUUUCUAUGGUUAAAAUGAGACUUAGAAUAUGAUAUAAAGAAAACGAUUUUAA